CUUUGGUGUAAGCUUUGGUUUUCUCCUUCUCUUCUUUUCUCCAAACCAAAAUGAAGGCCUUCACCGCCGUCGCCCUGCUCGCGCUCGUCGCCUGCGCCGCUGCCAACCCGUGCUUUGACUCGUGGAAGGCCACCCAUGGCGUCUCGUACGCCACCGUCGGCGAGGAGACUGCCCGCCGCGGCAUCUACCGCGCCAACCUCGACUUUAUCGAGAAGCACAACUCGGAGGGCCACUCGUACAAGCUCGCCGUCAACAAGUUUGCCGACCUGACCUACCCCGAGUUUGCUGCCAAGUACCUCGGCCUCCGCUUUGAUGCCACCAACGCCACCAAGUCCUUUGCCGCCUCCACCUACCUGCCCCGCAUGGUCUCGCUCCCCGACUCGGUCGACUGGCGCACCGCUGGCAUUGUCACCCCCAUCAAGGACCAGGGCCAGUGCGGCUCGUGCUGGUCGUUCUCCACCACCGGCUCUGUCGAGGGUCAGCACGCCCGCAAGACUGGCCAGCUCGUCUCGCUCUCUGAGCAAAACCUCGUCGACUGCUCGAGCGCUCAGGGCAACGCUGGCUGCAACGGCGGUCUGAUGGACCAGGCUUUCCAGUACAUCAUCUCCAACAACGGCAUUGACACCGAGUCCUCGUACCCUUACACCGCCCAGGACGGCACGUGCCAAUUCAACUCUGCCAACGUCGGUGCCACCGUCGCCUCGUACCAGGACAUUGCCUCCGGCUCCGAGUCUGACCUCCAGAACGCUGUUGCCACCGUCGGCCCCAUCUCGGUCGCCAUCGAUGCCUCGCAGCCCUCCUUCCAGUUCUACUCGUCGGGCGUCUACAACGAACCCGCUUGCUCAUCCUCCCAGCUCGACCACGGCGUCCUCGCUGUCGGCUACGGCACCUCGGGCUCUUCCGACUACUGGCUUGUCAAGAACUCGUGGGGCACCUCCUGGGGUCAGUCGGGCUACAUCUGGAUGACCCGCAACUCCAACAACCAGUGCGGCAUUGCCACUGCUGCCUCCUACCCCCUCGUCUAAAAAAACAAAGCAACAAACAAGAGACGAGCGACGAUUGUCGGGAUAUCUAUAACGCUGCUGUUCUCCCUGUGUUUAUUUUUGUUUUGCUGCGUAUUUUUUUGGGUCCUUCUUGCAGCUGAUCUGAAGUGUACAUGGUCUUUUGCUUUUUUUGAUUUGACAACGGGAAUACAGCUCAGUUUGCGUUA